AUAGCGACGUCCUUUACGCAUGCGCAGUGACUAGAUGUGCGCAGAGGUUUUUCCUGAGUCUGGUUUUUGAUGGACGUGAGCUAAAACCAGAGAUGGCGAGUCCCACUGUUAGUUUUAUUGUUCUUCUCUUUGUCGCCGAGUCGAUGACAAAGCAGCUGAACACGGAAAAUAUCCUGAUUAACGUAACAGCGGGGCCACUGGCAGACACCGAGCUGCAGCAGUCCAGCAGCUUACAGAUCAAUUUGAACAUAUCAGUGGGUGAAGAGCAGGUGCUGGUCAAUGCAAUCCCCGUGGAGCUUUCUGGGGUCACUAGGUUCAACUGUCAGGCUGUUUUCUUGGACAGCAGUAAUGGAAGCAGUGAGUUUGACUCGGGGGACUUGCUGUCAGCCGUCACCCGGGUGAUGGUGAGCCAGAACCGGCUGUACAGCGACUCCGAUGAGGUGGUGGCUCUGCAGGUCUUCAGCCAAGUCAUCGAGCUGGAAGGCAAAGAGGUCCACCAACCAGACAUGUGUGAGGUGAAGAUACUGAUGAGCCCAGACUUCCAGAAGCUGGCUCAGUUUACCAACAUCUACCCCAUCGGACACAGUGAGCUCUUUCAGAUUCCCAGGGAAAAUGACGUGGUGGUGACAGAUCCCCCAAACUCUAGAAGAGAUGAAGAGCAGCUGAUGUCUCAGACCACCAGCCAAUACCCGCACACAGAGAAGCAGUCAGAGACCACGCAGGAGGAGAUCGCCGCUCCAGGGAAGCUUCCAGAAACCCCUCUAAGGAUGGACCCCUACCUGCUGUAUGACGAGAUCUACACUGACAUCCCCGAUGACACAGAACCAAUCCCAUCGCAGCAGGGGGAGAGGGUCAGCCCGCCCAAGGAAGCUACAUCAUCCUACUCGGCCAUGUGUCAGUGGGUGGAGCAAGCGAGGGAGCGUCUGCGGAGCUUCUGCUACGAGUCGCUGCCGCUCUUCUUCCUCAUCAUGUGGGUGGUUGUGAUCGGUGUUGUCGGCUCGGCGUUCAUCGUCAAGAUCUUGGACCUGUUCUUCCCAGCCUGUGAACACAAGAACAUUUUCCAAAUCAACCCCAUCACUCUAAUGCCAGAGGAGGAGAAGCUCAACCUGUUGGAGAGCGCAGAGCUGGAGCCGCCUGAAGAAGAGAGGAAGCCUUGAUGGGGAGCGGGUUCGGACCGGCUUCUUUUGGUUCUGAUACCCAGUUUUUAGUCCAGCCCUGGUUCUGUUCCCUGCUUCCAGUCAGACCUGUGACCCCAUCCUACUGUUUCACUUCAGUUCAUUCACGUCUGAUGGAGGUGAUGGUCCACAGUUUGGGGAAUAAUGAUGCUGAUUCUGUUUAUUAUUAAGGACAAAAAAAAACAUUUAAGGUUAAGUUUGAAUAGAAUUAGCUUCAAACUUUUAUUUCUCAGCUGUUUCUGUGCUCUGAAGGAGGCUUUGUGCUUUUUGUUUUCAUGCUAAAUACUGGAAAUUCAGAAAUCCUGUUCUAACAAACGGCAGGAAUAAACUGGGCCUUUAAACACAAAAGAAGUUAAUUCAAGAUGGCUUCCCUCUCCCAAUGUUUGUCAAACCGCUAGAGUGAAGAAAAUGUUUUCAUCUUUAAACAUGGGAAAUGGUUCCUUUAAGCAGGUCAGAUCAGAAUAAUUUAAAGCACAAAUAAAGAAAAUGACCUUUUUGUUUCCCAGUCAGCUGAUAAGCCUCGACCCAGAGCAGAGGGGAGAGCGCCCCCUACCCCCCAUACCUGGCUCAGCUGUCGCCCUUUAACCAGAUAUCUCUGCUGGCCCUUGGAGACAAACCUAUGCACAUCAUUCCCUCCGCAUGUUUGGUGUCACUGUUGAAUGUCGCUCCUGAAGAAGCACCUUCCUGUGAAGCCUGCUGCACCUGGUGAGGGGCUCCUGUCGAUUGUUCUUCACCGUGCCUCGUUUAGAGGGUCACCUUCAUGGCACUAACGUACCAGUUUAUGUUGAAUGUAAAUUAAUUUUCUCUUAGAGAACUCCUGCUCUGACUGAACAGAUGGAACCACAAAGUUUUGUAUUUGCCUGUAAAAGCUGGACGGACGUUGCUAAUCUCAUGUUCCGUAAUCUA